UCCAAUUUUUUUUUUUCGAAAUGGAUUUAAAUAAUUUUGAUUUAGAACAAUUAAUAGUAAAUGGAGAUAAAACAUUUGGACCUCACGAUUGGUCUCAUGAAAUUAAAAAACAAAUAAUUGAUUUUGUCGACCAGAUUGAUGGGAUUUAUGUCGUUGGAUGCACUACUAUUGUGAAAAUUUUUUUGAGAGAUGGUCGCAUUCAUGAGGAAAUGGCUUUUAAAGAAUCACGAAGUGAUUCUUAUGGAAUUGCAUAUGAUCAAGCACGAAAUGGAUCAUUCAUCAGGGCUCUUUAUGACACCUUCUUGUUUUUUAAGGAAUUCCGCGACAAUUUAUCCUCUUUAACCGAACAAAAAUUAAAAAGAUUGGCCAAUCAAGAACGAUUGAAAUUUGAAUGGAGAAAAAAAAAUAAUUCAUAA